UUUGUUGAACUUGUUGAAGAAUUCAUCUGACAGUCCGCUAGUGAAGCUGAUCACGUAAACAUCGGUGAUCUAAUCGAUUGACGUAGAUUUAAUUGCAACUGUUUGUGUGAAUUCUUUUGCAUAUUGUACAUGUAUUGCGAGUUUUAACGUACGUUGCGUUAUAUCUUGCCAAAGCACAGUGAGAUAUCGCUAUCAAUGAGAUAGCGUUCUAAUACUCUCUAAUACUCUACUUUUAAAAAUCAACCUACAACGUUCUACAAAGAGAAAAAAUAACACCUCGGAUAAUCAAGCGUGAUAUAGCAAUUCUGCUCAAACAAACGCAUUACAUGUGUUGUUAUAUAUUUGCUGACAUCAAAAUAAAACACAUGACAAAUUAUAAAAUGACUACUUAUACGUGCAAUCAGUUCAGGACAUUUAAAAAAAAGGUUAACAAUAUUAGUGUAUUAUAUUGUUUACGGUAUAACAGCAACAUGACAGCAACGAAUAAUUGAUAACAAAUUAAUGCUAACACGUUGCUAUUAAUUUGUCAUUGUUAAAAAUAGAAUUUAUAUAAGUUCAACCUAAUAAACAUAAUGCUGUCUCAUCUUGUUCCAAGUUAGUAAAGUAAUUACUGCAAUGAUUGUUGACAACGUAAUUGCAACAGCAAGACAUUUGGUCAUUUGAUUACGAUCCACAUAAUAAACUACAUCGAUAAAUAAGUAGUGUUUUUGUACAAACAUGGCAACACACGCACUUCGUGGUAUUCAAAAACUAAGUCGAGUAUUGGAUGUAGGAGUAACGCUGAACUUUACAUUAAGAAAUGCAUCGACUUUAUCGCAAAAUAAAAUUGUAACAGGGCUAAAUAAAGAGAAGAUUAUUAUGCCUUCGGCUGGUGAAGCUACUUAUCCGGAAACUUUGAUCCACGAGUUUGUUUGGAACGAUAGCGAGAAUUAUCCUAAUCAUAUUGCUCUGGAAUGUGGCGUAAGCAGCAAGAAGUACACGUUCGCUCAAGCCAAAGAUGCGACAAGUUAUAUCGGUAGAAGUUUGCGGAACAUAGGUCUCAAAAAGGGUGAUGUGAUAGCUCUAGUGGCACCCAAUUUUCCAGACACAGUUUUAAGUCUUCUCGGGAGUUUGUCAGGGGGACUUGUUAUCACCACCGUAAAUCCACUGUACACAGUUGAGGAAAUGCAGAGGCAAUUCUUGAAAGUUAAUACAAAAGCAGUCAUUACUUCAACCGCAAUUGCAUCCACAGUGCUCGCUGCAAUGAGGGCAUGUCUUCCACGUGAAACUCCUCUUAUUGUGAUUGACGAUAAGACUGGUCCCCUGCCAGAGAAUUCAAUACCUUUUGAUGAUCUUAUAACGCGAGGCAAAUCAUUGCCUCCUGUAAAGUUAGACAGUACUUGCGACGAUGUAGCAGUUUUGCCAUUUUCAAGCGGUACUACUGGACUACCAAAGGGUGUUAUGUUGACGCAUCGUAAUCUGGUGUCUAAUAUAAUGAUGGUUCAGUCUUCUAUGAAUCCUAGUCUAUUCCAGCCUACUACAAGCACAUAUCAAGAAGUUUUUCCUGUAAUAUUACCUCUUUUUCAUAUUUAUGGUAUGAAUGGUGUGGUAUUUCCACGUCUCGCUUUCGGCGGGAAGAUAGUUACCAUUCCAAAAUUUGUACCGGAGAUGUUCGUCAAUGUGUUAGAAAAGAUCAAGGCGACUGCGCUGUUUUGUGUGCCACCCAUAGUACUAUUUCUGACGACUUCCCCUCUUGUAAAAAAGCAUCAUUUUGAGCAUAUGCAUAUGAUGAUGAGUGGUGCUGCGCCGCUCGCUCAAACGGAUGUCGACAGAUUCUACGAUAAAUACAACAUUGACCCAAAAGUUUUUCAGUUUCGUCAAGGUUACGGAUUGACAGAAUGUUCGGCAGUAUCAUUUUUCGAACUUGGUCAGAAAUACUCUAGCAUCGGAAAAAAUAUUGCAAGUAGUCAAGUACGCCUGGUGGAUAUAACGUCACAACAGGAUAUUAGCACUCCAGGUCAAAGCGGCGAAUUGUGGCUUAAGGGACCUCACAUUAUGAAAGGAUAUUUAAAUGACGAAGUCGCUACAAAAAAUACGUUAACCGAGGAUGGAUGGUUGAAAACGGGUGACGUCGCAUACUUCGAUGAAGAUUUCGAUUUCUUUAUUACAGAUAGAUUAAAGGAACUCAUCAAAGUCAAAGGAUUCCAGGUGCCGCCGGCGGAACUAGAAGCGUUGCUGCGGACGCAUCCAGACGUGGAGGAAGCAGCCGUAGUAGGUAUUCCGCACGCGAAAUAUGGUGAGGUGCCAAAAGCAUUCGUAGUGGUGAGCAAGGGUAAGAAACCUACGGAGGACGACAUUAAGAAUUUUGUGAAAGGGAAGGUCUCGGAAUUUAAGCAACUCGAAGGUGGAGUCACUUUCAUUGACGCUAUUCCGAAGAAUUUGAGCGGCAAAAUUCUCAAAUUAAAGUUAAAACAAGAUUACAAGUCUUAGUCAUUAAUGUAUGUGACAUGUUUUAAGAAAAAAUAAGAAAAUUUAAAAAAUAAGAUUAAUGAUAUUAAAAGUUUUAUAAAUCAUGUAUAAACGCGGAAUUUAUUUGUCUAUCGGUAUGGCAUUAUAUAUACGUUUAGAGUGCUUUGCUUAAUGAAAUCUCAGUAAAUCCUUUACAUAAAUAUUAUAUAUAUAUGUAUAUAUAUAUAUAUUAUGUGUAUAUAUGUUAUAAAUUAUUUACUUAUAUUCCAGCAAGAACAGAAUAUAAAAGCUACUAUAAUUUUAAGAGAUCAAUAUUGAGUAAAAUUUUUCUGUCAAAAAGAUUUUUAUCUAGUUAUAAACAUAACUAGAAAUGUUUUAAAUGCUUUUAAUUAUAUUUAUGCUUAUAAUUACAGUCUUAUUUCAUUGACGUUUGAAUAAAUACUUUUUCUUUGGUUGGUUUA